AUGUUCCCGACGCUUGAGCAGUUGAGUGAGAGGGAGGAAGUACAAGACGACGAAGAAGAUCUGCAGAGUGCCAAGGCGGCGGUGGCGGCAGAGUUGACGCGUCUGUGUGUCAAGUUGUGCUCUUGCUUCCACGGGUCACAGAAUAGCGACGACCACGGGCGUGUGGAGGCGACUGUGUGUGAUCUGUUUGAGCCGAUAGUCUCACAAUCAGCUCCUCAUGGGACUCUCCCGGGAUGGGUGCAAGAGUACUUGAAGACGCGCUGUCUGCCAGAGACGCCAAGACUUCGCAGAACCCUGGAAUAUCUUUUCUAUCAGGCGCUGGGACUGCUGCAUCAGAAGGCCUUAAUUCGCCCUCAGGACGUUCUAUCGGUAACGAUUUGGCUGCUCUCGUUGUUCUCCUCACUCUGCCUCGCGUUUCCAGGUACGUAG